AUGACAUCCACGCGAGCCAAGGACUUCCUCACUAAAGAACUGUUCAUUCAAAAAAAUGUGGUCACAUUCCGGUCUUUGAGUCGCGAGCUCGGCAUUCACGUCAAUGACGCCAAGAAUGAGCUUGCCGCGUAUCUAGCGGACACUGCAAACACCGGCACAUCAUUUGCAACGUACAUGGUCUCUGGUGAAAUCGCUCCGCCGCACAGCAAUGGAAGCCAGGUCGAUGCAAUGGACGCCACUCAUAGUACACACCAAUCUGUAACGUGUUCUAAGAUAGUUUUAGUGGACUGCGAUAAUCUGCGAGAUGCGAAAGCUCAAUUCACCCGUAUACAUUCCGUCUAUGUAUACAGCUUGUCGCCCUCAGUUUUACGCGAUGCUGGUUUGAUUUGCCAUCCGACUGUCAGCGUCCGGAAUGCCGACAUAAAGGGCAAUCCUGCGCUCAAUGGGAAGAUAAUCGGUGAACACGUGAAGAUCAGGAAUCCCAAAAAUGUUUCUGCGGCAUCAUCAUCAAAGACAACGUUAGAUGCGAGGAAACCAGUUAUCCCCCAGCCACAUAUCUUACCACAAAAAUCUGAGCAGACGAUGGACAAGGAACAAAUCAAGCCGAGUGGUAAACUAGAUUGGAGUAAGGGUAAGAAUAAGGAGCAGGACACUACAUCAGGGGCACGCGUCAAGGACAAGGCCAAGCUUCAAUUCAAACAGGAUACUAAAACUUCGUCGUCUUCUGCAAAACUGGCUGAUAAACCGUCGGGUAGUAGUGAUGCGGGUCUACAAUCGAUGAAGAAGACACUUGCAGUCGAACCAAAGCGAGCUACUAAGCGCAAAUCACCUAAUCCAUCAGACUCAGAUGUCGAACACAAACUAAUGCCAAAAGACCGGAAGGUGAUGUCUUCCGCAACGAGUAAUGCAAGGGUGAAAAGGGGUGUUGUGUUGUCAGAUGAUGAGAAUGAGGAAGUGCCGAGCAAGUCACGCAAAAAUAUCACCCGAUCGACUUCAGACUCUGAGAGGAGCCUUGCGGCAAUGAUGGAUAUUGAUGAUGAUCAAGUUGUCAGAGCAUCCCGCUUGUCCUCUCGUCGCACCGAUGAUGAGGUAGACGAUACUGGAGACGAGGUCGACCAGACUGACCUUGACGCUCUAAUAUCUAGCCUCGGCGAGGAAGAGGAAGAGGACGUCAAGCCGCAACCUAAGAAGAGGAAAACUAAGAAAGUAGUCCCCGUCGGGCGCAACGGUUUGAAGAAGCGUCGCGUUUUAAAAAGUCGCACCACCACCGAUGCCAAAGGCUACAUGCAAACGGAAGAUUAUUCUUCGUAUGAAUCCGUCAGCGAAGAGGAAGCUGUGCCCGAGGAAGCGAAAAAGAGGAAAUCUAGGAAAGUGGUUCCCGUCGGGCGCAACGGUUUGAAGAAACGUCGUGUCGUUAAAAAUCGCACCACCACUGAUGCCAAAGGUUACACUCACACGGAAGAAUACUCUUCGUAUGAAUCUGUCGUUGAAGAUGAAGCUGUAGAAGCUGCGCCUGAUGAUGCGAAAAAGUUGAAAGGCAAGAAAAAGGCAGAAUCAAAGUUGAAGGAUGAGGCUGGGAAUAAGCCGGUACAGGCUAAUUCAAAGAUCAAGGAGACGAGCUCCUUACGCGGGACUAAAACUAAGGCUGGGAAGGCACCGAAACCUGCUGGUCUUUUAAAUUUCUUUGGACCCGACAAGUCGAAGAAAUAG